AGGAGGUGGCUUAAGAUAAUUAUCUCUUGCCGUACUCAUGUCACUUUCUUAGAGUAGGCUACAUUCAUGAUUACGAGAGAGGGUCAUUCGUGCAUUCAUUCGAUGUCAUGGCUGUGACGAAAUAAAACAGAACCUUUUUUCAUAGUUUUGUAAUUUUUGUUUACUUGGACUCCCCGCGAGGAAUGGUACCGAUGUGUUGUGUUCAUUUCUGGACAACUAUCUAGCUAGCAGGUAGAACAUACUCUGUUUGUCUUCACCAUGUUCAUGGAGUUUGUGAACUUCUGACUUUCUUCAAGAAUGAAGAGCUAUUCCCUGUCUUCUCUUAGAUCUUGAAACUUAGAACGAGAUAUUUCAGAUGACACUGGAACAUUGACUGAAAGCUGUCAUUUGUCAGAGUUCUAUUUCGCUCUUGUCCUAUAAAAUCAGAACAAGGUUAUUUUUGUAAACGAAAACUUGGGGAAUUGAAUACGAUGAGUAUUCAGAGCGAGUCUGUAGUUUUGCCGGCUGAGUUACAUACAUGUGGGGAUCAUAGAGGAUAUUAUGGUAGCUGCAGGUGUGAUGUAAACACUACAGUUAUCUCAUCUGACCAUCCUUUUGAAUAUCUCUCGCUUGCAUCAAGGUCAAGUGUGAAUAAUGACCAAGGAAUCGUCAGUAAAUUCGAGAGUGGAACUUUUGCUGAACAUUUCGGCAGCGUUUCGUUAACAUCAAUGCCACAUCAUCAAGGUGAUCGCCCUCACCAUCGUCUUCCUCGUCAAGUUUAUUCUGACUGGAAGUUUAACAACGAGUCGAGAUCGACUGGGGCUAGUCAAGAAUGCCCGAAUGACGUGUUCGAAUGCAGUGCGAUGAUGGAUAGCGAGUCGUCCAGCAGCCCGGCAUCGUCAACCAGUCCAGGGUCCCUCGCGCCGCAUCGGAACAGUCCUCUUGGUGCGCACACCAUUUCCCAUCUCGAAGUCCUAUCAAGCCACCACCACCCUCGGCAACAACCACAACAGAAACAACAGCAGCAACAACAAAUCUGUGUCAUGAAUACCCAACAAGCCGCCAACCACCACCAUCACCAUAAUAACAAUCACCAUCAACAUCAACCUCAUUUUCAACGGGGCCCGAAGCGCCGAGCCGUCGACAACCAACCGGUGGACGACGCCGGCGUUGGCAACCGUAAGGAAAGGCGACGAACGCAGAGCAUCAACACUGCGUUUGCCGAACUUCGAGAUUGCAUCCCGAAUGUUCCCGCCGACACCAAACUCUCUAAAAUCAAAACCCUCCGUUUAGCGACCAGUUACAUCGCUUAUCUGACUGAUAUGGUUUCUAAAGAUGAUAAUAUGAAUGGUGAUAUGGAGUCUACUACUACCAUUAGUGGAAUGAUGCUCGACAAUAUCGGAGACGUGGGGUCCGCUAUGCCGAUGAUCCGGCAGGACUUCUCACUGACCUGCCGCUCAAUCAUAAAGGAUGCCAUCAAAAAUGAGAGUGCUGUGAGAAAUGACUGCGAGGCUAAAAGGAAGCGAAAUCGAACAGGCUGGCCCGAGCAUGUGUGGGCUCUGGAACUUCAACAUUGAUCGAAACCAAACCUGCAAGGGCCACAUAAUAAUUAUAAUAACAUUCUACACGGUUUCACCAUGAUUUGUGAUUACCUGUGUGUUAAAUGGCUUUCAUCAUGGGCGACAAUAUCUUCAUCAUUACCAUGAUUACACGCAUUAUAACUAAAUAGAAUUUUAAAUGAAUAAAGAAGGAGAAAGAAGGGAGAGAAUGUGCAUAACGCUGGAGAUCAGGCCUGAAACGUUAUGAGACACGGCAUGGCAGCUGUGACUUCAUUGCCCUUCCCUAACUUUUCAUGUAAAGAUAAUGAUAAACUCUCAUGUAUGUGGGAAGAUCACAGGAAGACAACGGGAAGACAUAAGGACAACGGGAAGACAAAAGGACAACGGGAGUACAAGACAUGAUAUCAAAUGCUUUCGAGUAAUGCUUGCCCCCAGAGAAUCGGCGGACCACGGACAUCGUCAUGAUCGGAGGCUCGCCACUUUCGCCGCGGACGCUUUGAUCAAGGAAUUGCUUUGAGUCUACUACCUUGCUUUGACGUUGAAGUGUUCGGGUAUCCUCAUGAUUUGUUUCCUUUCUUAAAAAAAAUCUGUAAAAAUAGUUCACUUCCUUUUUAUUGUUUACACUUUACAAUUAUGAUAUCGCAAAGUGGAACAUUGGCAGAUUGGCUCAAAGAAGAGUCGAAAAUAAAUAAACGAAUUGUUUGCGGUUGCCACAAUAAUGAUCAUGAUGAUGGCGCAUGGAUCUAUUCUCGACAUCUAUCUCGACCAUGAUCACAGCCUUUCGUGGUAUUUUGCUCGCGCCAUUUACCAGCCUCAGUCGAAAGGGGUGUGGUCACUUGACUUUCUAUUUUUAUCAUGAUUUUCUCGUUAUUACCGCCACAUCUUUGUAACAGAUAGGCAAGGGAUCUAUCUGAACAUUAUAAAUUUUGUUUGUUAUUUUUAAUUUUUAAAGUUUGUUUUUAAAUUUUUGUAAACAAAGAGUCAAUCAUUAUCAUGAUUCUAAUAUUCAGAUUGCGAUAAUAGUAUAACAUAAUCAUAUUUUUUUGUUUGCAAUUUAAGUCUCAGAAUCAGACAAUAGUCAAGAAAUCAAAAUGUUACUUAAACAUGCAAUAAGGGAUGAUACAUAAUGUGCCCGCUUUAAAAAGACUCCUGUUU